CUUAGAUAUUCAUGUCAAGCUUCGCCUUCUCUUUGUUGAAUGAUUCCUUCAUAACUCUACACCUAAAUUAUCUCUUUUUAAACAAUAGGAAUAAACAUAUCUGCCUGCCUAGACAAUCAGUGGCAUCACUGACAAUUAACAAUAAUAAUGUCGGGCAAGUUCGAGCCUAAGGCUCCCGUAAAUCUGGAUCCCCCUAAAGAUGAUCCUAUCUCGGCCGAAGAAUUAGCAAAAGCUGAUGGAUCUGAAGGGCAAAAGGCCUAUGUGGCGAUCAAGGGCAAGGUUUAUGACGUGAGCGGGAACAAGGCGUAUCGAGAGGGUGGCUCGUACCAUGUUUUUGCAGGGAAGGAUGCCUCUCGUGCGUUGGGGAAGACAUCUACAAAGCCAGAGGACGUAAGCCCAGAAUGGCAAGAUCUCGAGGACAAUCAAAAGCAAACAUUAGAUGACUGGGUCACUUUCUUCUCCAAGCGCUACAACGUUGUUGGCAUCGUUGAAGGUGCGACGAACAUGGCAUAGCCCGUGCGAGUUGUCUAGCUCAAGUGGAAUGUAUUCAUUGGGAAUGGGAAGGUUGCUUCGAAAUGAUUCGGUAUGGGAUAGCCAUGAUAGGACAUCGACCAAACUUCAGCGGAACUGAACGGAUUGAUAUCUCGCUUUUUGCUACAUGGAGCAAUACGCCCAUGACCAUUUUCACUAAAGAGAACACCCCUCUCCUCCCGACUCGAGUGAGUCUCUGGCUUCCGAGCAUAACUUGUCAGCUUCCUUUCAUCCUAGAUACUCUUUGGCGAUUUCAUAGAGGCCGAAUUACUUCUCAGUGUAUUGUACUUUCAAGAUUGACAGAACGGUUUCCACUCAUCAUCGCUAAACCUCUGUCUUCUUCGUCGCACGAUAAGUAGUGGAGGUGAAUACGACGUCUCUCUAGAAUACUUGAUGCGUACUUACCUACUCAGCUGGGUCUUAUCUUCGAAGAUUUCUAGCUCGUUCCACUCCUAGAGAAAAAUAUGAUAGCAACCAUCGUCAAAACGAAGUAAUAGCUAAGCUACUAGGUGCUUACAUAUCCUUAAGGUACACUUUGGCAUAAUCCUUCAAUCUCGGGAACAAGUUGCCCCCAGAAAAACUUCCAGUGCAGGACAUGGUGCAUCCAAGCCAAGGAAAACGGGAACUGGCU